CCAACAGUCGCGCGCCUAGCGUCCACGCAACCACGCGGCUAGCGCUCGCGCAGCGUGAAAACAUACAGUUAAUAGUGCGUGCUAGUGACCUGUGUUGACGAUACAGUGCAUACCGGCAUAACGGCAUAACUCUUUUUAUUCAUAGUGCUAAGUGUAUAAUGCGGCUGUCGCGAUGAGGGUGUGCGCACGCGCAGUGGCGCUGUGGUGCGCGGUUGUGCUCGCCGCGCGCGUCGCCGGUUAUACCGUCGACUGCAACCACGAGUAUACUGACUGCGAUACUGAACUCAGUAAACUGACAGGCGAAGAAGAGGAUUUAUUUUCGUCAAAAGCAUCAGCAACACAAUCAACAGAUGGUACUACUUCAACUACCACUACCAGCACUACAAGUUUACCAACUCGAUCUACCCCAAAGAUAGAAGAAACAACAGAAAACAAAACAGAAGAAAUAACCACCACAGAAGUUGCAGAAGAAACAUCAGUUAAACCUAAGCCUAGAUUAUUAAAUUUAAAUGUAGACGAGUUGCAAACAUUUGCGAAUGCUUUACAUAAUCAGAGCAACCAGAAUGACCCUAAAAAGGUUCUGCCCGACCUCAGUGAUGUUACAUUAGAUGGAGAUGAAGAUGAAGAACCAAAAAUGCACACAGAAGCAAAACAUAAACAGAUAUCUGAUAAGUUUUACUCAAAUCUGCAAGCGCCUUUUCAUCCUCUGCUAGGAGUAGAUAGAGCGUCUGGAGAAGUAGAAGUGUGUAAAGAGAAUGAAGUCACUUACAAGAUCGGCGAACGAAUCGACCGAGGCUGCGAAGAGACGUGCGAAUGUUCGCCUGGUGGUACCUUCGAAUGUUCGCCACGUUGCAAGCAUCCCUACAUCCGACGUGGCAGAAGACUGAACGACCCUCUUUGCUUCGAGUCUCCAGUUGACGAGUGCUGUUCCAUUAUAGCAUGCGCCACUGGCAACGGUGACAUGAAACCUACGAAGCUGGAAGUGUGUCGAUACGGGAACGACACAUACCCAGUGGGCGCACAGUGGCACAUUGGCUGCGAACAGACUUGUACUUGUGAGAAGAACUCUAUUGUGACUUGUAAGCCUCGAUGUGAGCGUCAUCCACCGUCGGAUAAAUGUAUCAACGUGCAGGAUCCAAAUGACGCGUGCUGCGAGGUUCAAGUCUGCGAUGUCUCACAGGACGUGCACGAGGAGCCAGAAAACGUCACCAGUUCUAGCACAUCUACUACUGAGACCACGAGAUCGUUCGAAGAUUAUCAAGAGGAGCAGUUCAAAACCACAAUGAGGCCGCUCGUGUUACCUGAACCAAUCGGGUCAGUGAAGGUGCUACAAAACAACACAGUGCAAGUGAAUCUGAUACACAUGAACAACACCGAAGAUCCUAUACACUUACUACUAAGCAACGAUAAUGGGAAAUCUUUUAAAGAUGUAGAACUGACCUACUCUAACUUAAUACUGAACUUGGAAGGUGGGAAGGAUUAUAUUCUGAAGACCAAAGAAACAGGAACGAAGUUCAAUUUUACGAUAACAGCAUCUGAUACCGGAGCUAAUGAAGUUCCAGACGAGGAUAUAGCCAAUUCAACCAAAGUUGGGUGCUAUCAAGAUGGAGUCUUUUACGCUGUUGGUGAGGAGUUCCAUAUCGGCUGCACAGAGCUCUGUGAAUGCACUGGUCCUGACACUCACGAGUGUGUCGCCCUGGUGUGCCCUUCACAUGUGGGUUUGGAGCUGGUGUCUAAGGGCUGUGUGAGAUGGGCGCCCAGCCCUCCAGCUCAGCCGCCCAACUGCUGCCCGCGGUCUGCCAGGUGUCUUAGCGAUGGCACUUGCCAUUAUAAUGGAGUACCGAUACCAAACUGGAGUGAAGUGCCAAUCUCUCUGACUGGCUGUGAACAACGAUGUUUCUGCGAGAAUGGCGACUUAGAGUGCCAGGAGACUUGCUCACCUUUGCCCCCUGUCCCUCCUCAGUCCCUUAGAUGCCCUCCCCUACAUAGACCAGCCCCUGUCAAUAUAUCCGACGAUGACUGUUGUAAGCAGUGGGGAUGUCUGCCGAAUGCUGCCAGUUCGAAUGCGACAAAUUUUCCUAAAUACAGAAUGCAGACUAUAGAUGACAUGCCCUUUAAAUACGUGACACCAAUCGCACCACUAUUACCGACAGUAUCUACAUCUGUUCUGCCCACUCCACCAAUCACGACUGACCCCACAGAAUUCUAUCGCCAUCUUAGCCCAAUCAAAACAUUCCCAAAAUUUUUAAAACCACCUGCACCUAUGUUUAACGACAUUUCCAAGUACUCUAUAGAAGCACCACGAAAAUCAUCGCAUGGUGAUAAUAUUACUGUGUUCACUUUAGAAGACGUUGAAUCACCUUUCAAAAUUAUUCAUCCAGAUCCAUCGCUAACUAGCAACAACAAUCACUGGAUUCCCAAUGAUCAGGCCUUAACGCCUAACCAAAUGUUGCUGGAACCUAUUAAAGUACCUUUGAAUCUUGCACAAACGAUACAGCCUUCAAAACAGAAUUACAAUAACUUCGUUUUAUCAGAUCAUAAAAUGCAUGAUCAUAUCCAAAAUUCUAAAAUUCACCCAGUAGAUGAAACUAAAUACGAGCCCUUUAGAAAAGUGCCUAUUUCUAAAGUUGAUCGUUUUAAUUAUUUUUUACCGAGUUAUGAUAAGAAACCUUCAAUGGCUCCAUAUAAAACAGUUGAGCCUAAAACUACCACUGCUCCAUUUUAUCCAACGAAAACCUUUUUUGAACCAAUUCAAAAUCAAACCACUGAUGGCGAGCCUUCAAAAGAAUUUCCCAAUUUGAGUUCCCAUUCAAGUAAUGCACGAGACCACCCUUAUCAUAGUUCCCGUGGUAAGCAUGUGACGAUACUUAGGACUAAAGACUUGAAGACAAGACCUAGUGAAAAUAAUUUGUGGAGUCAAGACACAAAGACGCACGUUUUGACAAAAGCUCCAAAUCCUUACGAGACUGUUCUGUUGCGACCGGUGCCUAACGUUAGAACUGAAGUAACGUCGAAUUACAAUCACAAUGCGAAGAUUCCUCGGAUCGCUGAGAAAACAUACUCGGCAUUAGACUUAGAACAUCUCCUGAGUCAGAUGGAAGUGGAAUCCGAGGUGAAUAGGAAUCUUGGACGGUCGGCGGACAGAAAUCGCGACGGAACAGCGGCAGGUCAUCAAACUCCAGCUACAGAUACGCCAACACAUUCAACUCAUCCUCAACAACCCUCUUUCUUGCCUACCAUUCCUCCUGACCUGCAUUUCCCUCAAGAGGACAUUCCAGACUACGACCAGAACAAUAUCCAUCGACCGGUGAACUCUUUGCCUGGUCUGCCGCCAGGCUUGCACUUGCCAACGAACCACAUAGAUGAUAAUAAGAAGCUGUCAGUCAUUUCGCUGCAAGGUGACUCACCAACCAGUGUGAUGAUGCUGUUUGGACUUCCUCCAGUACUGGUGGGCUUGCGAGGAAGUGUGGACUUGCGAUACACUGAUAAAGCGGAUGAAGAUAUAACGAACUGGUAUUCACAAGUGUUCGCUCCUGCUGAUGAGGUGCUCACGACUCCUCGACUGGAGUUCAGGCUCACAGGGCUGAAGCCAUCCACUACGUACAAAGUACGAGGCAAGCUGUACUUGCACAACCUUCCUGUGGAACCUGAGAGCGAGAUCUAUACUGUGAGGACCUUGGACUUGCCCACGGUGGCUCCAGCCGAAGAGAAGCGCAGAGAGAUCGACAGUCGACUAACUGUAGUGGACGUGAACGAUACAGUGGCACACGUCAGUUGGAGGCACUUCGCUGAAGAAGAACUGCAGUUCAUCGACGGCAUACAAGUCAGAUACCGACCGGUAGGAACGCCCAUCUACAGCAUGACAGAACUGCUCCACCACAGUCGAUCAGCUGCGGAACUGCACGAUCUGCGCCCUGGAAGUCGAUACGAAGCCUCUUUGGUACUCAUCCCUCCUCCGAGGGCCACUACAGAGCUUCAUGACCCUGGAGUUGUUGAGUUCACGACAUCGCCUUAUGUUGAUCCUUACAACUGGACAGUGACCAUAGAAGCGCGCGCAGUGGGUUCAGAAGCAGCCGAGCUGACGUGGCGAGGAGUGCCGUCUCCCGCCGAGCGGUGGGUGCGGGUGUACCGCGCGGCCCACGCGUGCGGCCAGCCCGCCACUCGUAGAGAGCAUGACGCCUUCCGACUGGCCGCCAGGGACUUGCCUCCAGCUGUGACCCUCACGGGACUGGAGCCUGAUACUAGGUAA